AUGCCCGAAGAAGACGUAGUAACGGUUGACCCCCCAACACCUGCAGACAACGGCGAAGCUGGUGAUGAACCUCAGGAUAACUCGUCAACAAAGUCUUCGUUAAAAGUUCAGGAAGCUGAUCCGGAGGAUUCAGGGGAUGUAACACCCAUUGCAGACAAGUACAAAUCGCGCGCAUGCUCCAAUCCUUUCGAGUUUCAGGUUGAGCCGCCUGUAGACGAGGCGAAAGAGGCCGAGUUGGCCAAGGCAGUGGAAAAUCUUGACACGUUCGAUUUCUCUCCACCGGAGAGUUUGAAGCUGUCAGAGACACCUGUUGUUCUAGAGAACUGCGCCGACUCGCCGUUUUCAGACGGCCAGUCGCCUCUGCCUAUUGAUGUGCUGAAGAAAGAGGCUAUUGAGAGUGAUGGCGAUAGCAGCCCCGAAGACGACAUUGGUGCGCUCGCACAUUUGAAAAAGCAGCGCCGGAUUUUAAUUGGUGCGAUUGUGUCACUGAUUGCAAUACUUGUUCCGUGCUUUGUGAUGAUGGUGUACUUGGUCGCGGUUCGCAGUCAUCUGAUUAGAGUACUCUCGGAGAUGGGUGUUCAAGGUAAUUUGCCUCUUGGUGCAAGCGUUGUAAACACUCCUCACCCAGUGAUGAAUUAUGACCAACAUGAUCCAGUUUUAGUAUCGCUUUUGGAUUCCAGCUCGGAUUACAAGUUUUACGGAUUGCGGUACGAGCCGCGGUGUAGCAGCAGCCAACAAGACCUAGCACGACAGCUCGCCGCAUUGGCGCUCCACACCAAGUAUAUACUUCUUGAUACCUCCAAGUGUGAGACCACCAAAGAAGAAGUGCUUGGAUUGAUUUCUGAUCUCAAACUCGAUCUUAGUGUAACGUUGGUGUGUGCCUUGUCACCCAAGGAACACGAUGCAGUGACUGCGAUUAAUGACACAAUUCAGCUGGCGAGAGCUUUUCCUAAAAUUGUCCAGACUAUUCUACUCAGGCCAAGUAUCGACAUGACCUGCAGUGAAGUCGAGUUUUAUGUGAUUUAUCUACAGCGCAACCUCGCAGUCAGACUGCCCGGAGUUGAAGUUAGUGUUCAUCCAACCUUCGAAGUUUGGAGCAGAGACCUUUUGAAUUUGCUCGAGAUAAUUGGAAUCAACUAUUCAGCAGAGCAUUUUGGGUCGUCGCCCAAACAAACUAGCCAUUGGAUCGCCCAUGAUCUGUCAAACGUAGCCCGUGAACUGAAAGACAAGGAGCUCCUUGUUACUGGAAUUGGAUGGCCUACAGUCGAAGACGAUGUCGAGUAUGAGCGGGUGAGCAACGAGUUUCUAACCAGCUGGAUUUGUAAAGAUCAACCAAACCUUUCUCCACGGGUGCGAUGGUUCUAUGAAUCUGGGUUGGACGGUAGCCCUGUGGCGUCCAAUUUUAGUUUAUUCGACCCCACCUACAACCUUAAAUACUCGAUCAACUGCUAG